AUGUCCGCGCAGUCCGGCGAAGAGCUCGGCUCGGAAGGCAAGUGGUUCAGCGGCGGCGGAGGCGACGACUACGGCCGCAUGUUUGGCAACGCGGCGCCGCGCUUCGACGAAGUCAAGCCGAGAGGCGGUGAGGCUGCCGACGACCUGGAUCGGCAAUUUCAUCCCUACCAGGACGAUGGGAAAAGGCCUCCUGUUGCUAUGGAAACUGCAUCUACAGGUGACCCCAUGUCAGGCCUCUUCCGGAAGCCUAUGAACGACGACGGUGACGUGUACACAUCCUUGCUGUCCAAUCAGAGCUUUACAUCCGGUCUGGAAUCUUCCUACCUGUCUGACAAUGCGAAGGCUUCCUCCGGCCUGGACCGCUUCUCCUCCGACAUGUACGGCUUCAGCUCCGGCACAAAAACAGUGCCCGACGACAAGCCCGAGUCGCUGAUUGGCUCGGAAAAGACGGAAUCCUACAACUACAUGGACAUAAGCCACGGGGACGAUCGCCACGAGCGACGGCCAGCAGACGCGGGAUCGAGCGGUCGUUCUUCACUGGGUAGCUACAUCGAUCGAAACCCUGAAAAAGAAGAAGAGGAUGAGGAAGAAGACGAGAACCUGGGCCCGGCCCUGGGGUCCCACUCAUUCCCUUAUGUGGAGGAACCAUCCGAUGAGGAGCUGUCCGACUACCGCUCCUACCGGAACUUGGGCGGCACGCCGCAGUCAGCCAGCCCUGUGAAGAUCACCCUGACCGAGUCGCGGGCUCCGACGUCCGAGGCUGAGCCCCGGCCGCUUCACUCUUCGACCGCCGGGUCAGACCGUGAGAAUGUGCUUAGCGUGGGCCUCCAGGGGGUCCCCACGGUGACCCUGUCAGAACCAGAGGAUGACAGCCCUGCCUCCAGCCCCAAUACUUCUCCCACACAAAAAGAUUUCCCUUCGCGUGAUACGGUCAAAUCUGAUGUUGUGAAGUCGGCGCCGAGCAAAUACGGUCCAGGCUCAAAGGUCGGUGCCAAAGAGCAAGACGGUAGCAGUGCCGAGUCUGGAGACUCCGAAAUCGAGCUGGUGUCUGAAGAGCCUCCCAGGGCCAGCAGCGACCCAUUUGCUGAGCCUACGAAAAGUAAGGGCGCCUUCGACCGAUCCGGCGACCCGCCGGCGGCUCCUAAGACCGGCAACCACGCCCCGCCUGCGGCUUACAGCAUUCUACGCGAGGAAAGGGAGGCGGAACUCGACAGUGACCUCUUCAUCGAGUCCGCAUCGGAAGAAAGCCCGAAAAGAGAACAGGGCGUGGGAGGCCCCGACCCGGUUUCCCGCGGCCCCCGUCAGCCGGCCGAGCCCUCCUUCGCGGAAAAGAUGAAAGCGGAAGAAGAGCGCCCGAGCAAGCCCAAGCCCCCGACGGCAACAGUGCCCCCAGAGGUGCGUUCGGAGAGGUUCAGUCAAGAGGACAAGAAGGGCCACCAAAGCAAAGUGGAUCUAGGGAAAUUGGCUGCUUCCUUCCUACUGGAGGGUUUCAACAAACAAAAAGCUAUUGACCUGCUGUACUGGAGGAAUGUGAAGCAGUCGGGGGCCGUGUUCAGCAGCGUGCUUCUGCUCCUCUUCUCCCUGACCCAGUUCAGCGUGGUCAGCGUCGGGGCCUACUUAGCCCUGGCUGCCCUCUCUGCCACCAUCAGCUUCCGCAUCUACAAAUCUGUGCUCCAGGCAGUGCAGAAAACCGAUGAAGGGCAUCCUUUCAAAGGCUACCUGGAGAUGGAAAUCUCAUUAUCCCAGGACCAAAUUAGCAAAUAUGCUGACAAGAUCCUACUCUACACCAACACCUGCAUGAAAGAGCUGCGCAGGCUUUUCCUGGUCCAAGAUCUCAUUGACUCUUUGAAGUUUGCUGUGCUGAUGUGGCUACUCACCUACGUGGGCGCACUCUUCAAUGGCCUGACACUGCUUAUCCUAGCUGUGGUCUCUAUGUUCACCAUGCCCGUUGUCUAUGAGAAGCAUCAGGCGCAGAUAGAUCAAUACGUAGGACUAAUACGGACCCACGUCAACGCUGUGGUGGGGAAGAUCCAAGCAAAGAUCCCCGGGGCCAAGAGAAAGGAGGAGUAG